AUGCCUUACGGAAAGUUACAUGAAUUUGAUAUUCAUGCGGGGGCAAAAUGGGAUUGCUAUGUGCGGCUCGUAGAACAGUUCAUUUUACUAAAUGCGAUCGGGCGUGAGUUACGGGUGGCCACGUUGGUAACGCAUGUCGGCCCCGCCACAUACGAACUUAUGUGUGAUUUGUGUUCGCCGGAUAACCCAGAAGACAAAGAGUUCGAACAGUUGGUGAUGUUAGUUCGAGAGCAUUUAGAACCGAAGAGAUCUGAAAUCGCCGAGCGGCACGUGUUUCGACAACGGCGGCAGGCGGAGACCGAAAACGUGGGCGCGUUUCUUCAAAACCUCGAACAUCUUGCUACACAUUGCAACUUUGGUGCACUGCUGGAAGAGAACAUCAGGGAUCAGUUUGUCUCCGGCUUGCGAAGUGAAGAAAUGCGGUCUCGCCUGUUCGCGGAACCUACGAUAGAUUACAAAAAGGCGGUGGAGUUGGCGCUAGCAUUGGAGGCAGCCGAGAGACACACGGCGGUGGCGGCUUCGAGUAGUGCUGCAGUCGUUGGAGCGCCGGGCUUAGGGAGCUCAGGACUCGGGCAGGGCGGAGACGGCGUGCAUCGCGUGGCGGCGGCGGCCGCGACCGCGAGCGGCUCGCGAACGCUGAGGUCCGCUUGCUGGCGGUGUGGAAGAAGGAACCAUCCGCCAAAUAAAUGCAAAUUUAAAUUCUACACCUGUAAUACUUGUAACCAGUCGGGGCACCUGGCCGUGCGGUGCGGAAAAGGUGCUAAAAAUGGUAAAAGUGAUCAAUACAAAUCUCAAAAUUAUAUUGUGCAAAGUGACAUGGAAAGUGAUGCGAGUGAUGGAUUAUAUCAUUUCUCAGCCGGAACGAACUAUACCGAGCCGAUAUUUUGCAAAGCUCGACCGAUACCCUUAGCGCUGCGCAUACCCGUCGAGCGUGAGUUACGCCGCCUAGAAGAUGAAUCAAUCAUAGUUAAGGUGGAAAGGUCCGAUUAUGGUACACCAAUCGUACCUAUUAUAAAGAGGGAUGGGUCGAUACGCAUAUGCGGCGACUAUAAUAUAACAGUUAAUAAACAAUUAAAAGACUUCCACUUUCCAUUGCCGCGCAUCGAACAGUUAUUCGCAGCACUGAGUGGCGGUGAGCAUUUUACUAAAUAA